AUGUUUUAUUCCUUGGAAAAUGACGACCAAAAUAAUCAAGAUUAUGAUCCUUAUAACAAUCUCUCUUCAUCAACUUCAGUUGAUUGCACUCUCUCACUUGGAACACCAUCCACUCGUCUCGACGACCACCGCAGAUUUUCUUCAGCUAGUUCUAUCAAUAUCUCCGGAGACUACUUCUAUCACGAAGGAAACGCUAAAACAACGUCGUACAAGAAGGGUGGUGGUGAUCACAACCUACCUCGCCGUUGUGCUAGCUGCGACACAACUUCUACUCCUUUAUGGAGAAACGGACCAAAAGGACCCAAGUCGUUAUGCAAUGCGUGUGGAAUCCGAUUCAAGAAAGAAGAGAGGCGUGCAACCGCCAGAAACUCAAUAACCUCCGGUGGUUCACCGGCGGCAGAAAUUCCGGCAGGUGAAAACUAUUACAGUCAUCAUAAUCACUAUGCUUCGUCGCCGUCGUGGGCUCAGCAGAACACACAAAGAGUUCAGUACUUCUCGCCGGCGCGGGAGAUGGAAUAUCCGUUUGUUGACGACGCCACGGCUGCCUCGUUUAUGUCCUGGAACUGAUGUUACGUAUAGCGAGAGAAGAAGAAACGUUAAAAUCAUGGACGAUGAUGAAAUGUCUUACCAUAGAUUAUCACCCAGUGUAAAUCAGUCUUGUUCAAAUUCAUUUUAUUUUGUUUUUAUUUAUGUCAUACUUCGACGACUCUAUAUCUACUAGUGUUUUCUUUUUUCUUUCUUGAAGUUUUGAAAGUUAUAUAAUACGGUCUAUUUUCUUUUCUUUUCUUUUCCACUUGCUUUGAUAUACGAUGUAUCUGAAGACUCAACUUUAUUUUACAUCGUUUUUAUCCUUUUAACAUUUUU